AUUUAAAAUUUACGGUAAAAAGUGACAAGUCACCAACAAACAGGUGGUUGUUAUCAAAAUAGAAGAUUUGAUUUGUAGUUACUAAAGACUAAAGACAUAGACGAUUUCGUGACAAACACAAGAAAAUGCAGUCCGGGGAAGUUAAAGUAGCUGAAGAUAGUGACUUCAAACGAUUCAUUGAACUAUGUGUUGAAACUGAGGGUUGGAAGCAAGAAUUCAAUAAGCGGAACACAUCUGUACAUACAAAAAUAAAUGACGUUUCAGAUUUUAAAAUGUUCAAGAUAAAGACAACAUAUACAGAUGUUUCAGCAGAAGUAUUGUAUGAUGUACUCCAUGAUCCAGAGUAUAGAAAAGUAUGGGACCAUUCUAUGGUGGAGGGAUAUGAGAUUUGUUGUAUAAACCCAAACAACGACAUUGGCUAUUAUUCAAUGAAAUGCCGGCCAUUCAAGAGUCGUGAUUUUGUUACACAAAGGUCAUGGUUAGAUAUGGGAGCACAGUACUGUAUUAUUAAUCACUCAGUUAACCAUCAGAAAGCCCUGCCAAAGAAAGGCUAUAUACGAGGUGUGUCAUAUUUAACAGGAUAUUUAGUUAGAAAGAUGGAAGGAAACAAAUGUCAGUUCACAUAUGUAUCUCAGUCAGACCCUAAAGGAAAGCUUCCAGCCUGGGCUGUCAACAAAGUUACACAGAUAAUGGCACCUAAGGUCAUUACAAGGAUACACAAAGCAUGUCUCAGUUACCAGAAAUGGAAAUCUACACAUAACCCAAACUUUAAACCAUGGCUAAAUCCUGAACAAAUGACACUGCCAAGACUAAACAUGGCCGACAUUAAACCUCUGUCAGAAUUUAACUCUCGAGAAUCAUUAGAUGAUGAAAGCUGUAUGAAAGAAAGUGAUAUAGGUGAAAAUGACAUCAGUGAUGAGGAUUCUUCUGAUUGAUGAUAGUUACAUUAGUAUACAGGAUUUUAGAAUGUUGUAGGGUAUAAAGGUGUUAAAACAUAGAUUACAUCAUUAUGAUAGUUGUCUCCCCUAGUUGAAGGGAUGAAAUAGUUGUCUCCCUUAGAUUGAUGUCAAUAAAUUCUUGUAUUGUACCAGUUUAGGUAAAAUAUAAACAGUUUUACAUGGAUAUCUCGAUAUGGAAUACCUCAUAUUGUAUAGGAAGAUUUGUAUUAAAGCUUUCUAUAGAUAUUAUGGUAAUGACAUCACGUUUUUAUGCAAAUGUUUUUGCAAUUUUUGGAAGUUGUAAAAUGUAAUGACUUAUAAAGUUGUGCAAUAGGGUACUCUUAUAAGGAAAUAUCGCUAAUGGUUAUUUAAUGAUUGUGUAAUGGACCUUUGGGCUUUCAUUCAUUAUUUUGGUCCCUAAAUUGUUGUUUUUUAUAACAAUGUUUAAGUAAACGAUUAUAAUGUUUUUCUUUAUACCUGAUAUUUUAAUUUACAUUUAUUCUUUUAUUCAUAGAAAUUGUGAUGUCUUUUUCUUCAAAAACAAAAUAUAACUAUAUUUAUUAUUAGACUUUUUUUUCUACAAAAUUACACAAUAAAAUAACAUGUUCAACCCCUCCUUUCCAAAACAAAAAGAAAAAGAAAUUAUUUAUCCCUUUCUGUUUACACCUCCCCCUUCAAAUGCUUAAUUUCAUCAGAUAAAGUAAUUUCAAACAGAGAAUUUAUAACCUCAAUAAAAUUCAUAUAAGUAGAUGAAUUGAAUGAAAGAUAAAAUAACAAACCUAGAGUUUUUUAUUUAACUGAUUUCUAAUUGUUUGAAGGUUGAUUCUGACUCUUGAUAGGCCAAAUUAAGUUAUGUUGUUCAACGUUUUUGAAAUAUGCCAGAUUUGUUGAUUACAGAAAUAGUAGUACAUGUUUACAUUAACAAUGAUGAAGUAGUUCAGUAGUUUCAAAUUAUUUUAAGAUUUGUGACACUUUGCUUUUUAUCAAUGAAUUAUUGCUAUCAAAAAGGUCACACAAUUGUAUUAAACUAGACAUAUAUUAUGGGUUUAUUCCUUGAAUGCCAACAUCCUUUGAUAUACCAACAAUUUACCAGUAAAAUUAUGUAGGCAUUAGAGGAAUAGGUGCAAGUAGUUAUCACAACAAAAGUGCAUGCUUAUCAAAACAAUCAUACUAAUUAAACAGAAUGGUAAAUACUAGUACAUUCAUGUUUGUAAAGUUGUUGAAAAUCAGUUUUUGCUGUAACUGCUUGAACCAAUAUGCUAUUCUCUAAAAAUAAAACUUUGAAAAUUGUAGCAUCACAAAGUCUUUGGACUUGAAACUUUUUUCCAAUAUUUCUAUAGUUUUGUGUGCUGUAAUAUCCUCAUGUACAACUUGGUUGAUUUCUCGAAACUUUGUAUGUAGUGUUGGAUUACUAUGUUUUAUUUUGUUCAGUUGUUCAGGAUAUUUUCUUGGGUAUAACAUGUAUAAUAUAACACCCUUGUAAGUGAUUUAUGAUAUAUUAAUUGUUCUGGUGUUUGUUAUGUUGGCAGUUCAUAAAAAUUCUUGUUAUCCAAUUUUAUGGACUUGAAAUUUUGGAGGACAUUCUCAAACUUUUUUUAAAACAUAAAAAGAAGAAUAUUUUGAAUAAAAUAUCAUUUGUUUGUAGACAGAGAACACAAAAAACAAUACAUUAUAUAACAUAAGGGAACAUAUAAGCAGAUUAUUAAAAAGCAUAAAAUUCAUAUGUGAUCUGAUAAUAAUUAUUGUUGAAUAUUUUAUACAAGCAAUUUUCACAUUUAACACUGGAUUUAAAUAAGUCUGUUAUAUCUUAAAAUUCAUGAUAAUUUUUAACCCCCAAAUCUACUUUUUUUUCUUUUCAAAAAAGUGAUAAAAUGAUGCCCUCUAAUUAUAUUUUACAUUUAAAUACUUAUAAAAUCCAUUUAAAUAGUUUUUAAAACACCUAUUGUUCUUAUAUAAACAUCUAUUGAAAUAUUUUUGUUGGCGUUCCAGGAAUAGGUAACAUAUAAAAUGUUGGCAUUCGAGGAAGACACCAUAUUAUGAUUACCUGUAAUUAUAUAAGUAGUAUAAAAAUAAGGAGUUCAAAAUAUAUAACUUUAUGCUAAUAAUCACUGGAUUGCAACAUUCAUAUCAUAAAUUUUACCUCUUCCAAGCAUUAAGUUUAAAACUAAAUAGAAGAUAUAAUGAUAAAUACAUGUAUGAUCAUUUUUCAGUUAUAUUUGUAAAUUAGAUAUCCCGUUAUAGAGAGUACUUUAACAUUUUCAAAAAAUGUAAAACCUUGUAUUCCCCAGAUAGUGAAUUAUUUAUUUUUAUUACAAAGAAAUCCAAUAUAUAUUCAAUUGCUUUAAUCUUUUAAACUUAUUUUUGUAUAUAUAACAAUCAAAUUUUCACCAAAUGUUACAUUGUACCUAAGACUUGUCAGAAAUUAUUGUAAAUAAGUGGAUUUAGGUGAAUAUUUGAGGAAAUACUUGAUUUAAAAUGUUGUUGACAUGGUUGAUAGGUAUUGCAUCUCAUAAACCUUUUGUCAUUUUUAUCCCUUUUAAUAAUGUUUAUUUAUUAACUGAAGGCUUUGUUAUUUUUUUUAUAAAGUAUAAGUAUUUGUGACAUCUUCUCACUUUCUUAGCUGAAAGGGACAUACUUUGAAACAUGAAUUUCAGGAAGGUCUAUUCUGAGUUAUUUUUAAAUGUUAUCACUCAUUAUUAUUAUAUGAUAUUUGAAGCACUGAAAUUUUGCAGAGAAAAUAACCCAAAAUUCAGAUAUUUUAGCUGUUUUGUCAAUGUCAAAAUUUAGAUAAUAAUAGAAGGUUUUUUUUAAGUACUGGAUAUAUAUGUAUACAUGAUAUACGCUGCUCAAGUUGAAUGUUUUCUUAUAAAAAUAAAAACCUAUCUCUAUGACAUAUAUUAUUGGGUGAAGAUUAUAGUAAUGGAUGUCUGUAACAUAAGUCUGCUUUAUUAUGAAAUCUGUCAGUGUUGAAUAAUAUACAUAAACAACAUAUAUAGGGCACAAGAUUCUAAUUCUAUAUAUCAAUAAGCAGUUAAAAUCAGUUUAUAAAUGUUAUUGAUUUUAAAUGCUAGCAUUAAAGUAAUGAUAAAAAGGGCUUCACAAUGCAUCAUGGGUAGCUGGAUUUUUAUUGAAAACAUUGAGAAAACCAUUUAUACAUGACUAUAUAGUGUUAUGCUAAUUUUACUUGAAUACCUUUGUUUUACUGUUUACCAUGUUAUAUCCAUACAUGUUGUGGUAUAUAGUCACACUUAUAAGAAGUGCUUAGCUAUGCAAAUAUAUACAUAUAUAUACUUUGACUUUGUGUUUUAGUACUACAUCUACUUUAUUGUGUUUUAGUACUACAUCUACUUUAUUGUGUUUUUAAUCACUCCUGGUAUUUAGUUUUAUUUAUGUAUACAACUUUAGUUUGUAUCCUUUUAUUGUUAUAUCAGAUCCAUUUAAAAGUUUUGUUCUAUAAUGUAUUAUUCUCAUGUAACAAGUUUUUAAAUAUUAUCAUUAAUAAACAAGUAUUAGGCAAAUAGUAAACUAUGGUGGAUGUCAUUAAAUUAGAAGUAAAUUAUGAUUUGUCUCAAUGACAGUAAAGCUUUGUUAUGAGUUAAACAAGUUGUUUGAAACUUGACAAAAAAUCAGAAUACUCUAGAGUUGUCUCCCAUAUGCCAUGACAAUAUUUUUAAAUAUUUACUGUAAAUUCAGAUAUUUCAUUAAUUUAUUGUGGUUUAAAAGCUUUAUUCCAGAUCUGACUUAUUUAUACAGAGUUUCCAAAAAAAAACCUUCAUUCAGAGGCUGUCUUUGUAAACAUGGUAAGUUAGAUGUUUUUUGCAAUUAAUUUCCACACUGUUUUAAUGAGUCUCAGCUAUAUAGGCAUACCUAACUUUGUGAUUGUUUACAUGUUUAUUUAAUUUCUGGAGUCUUGAUCUUGAAUUCCCUUAUGUAUAAGAAUUGUGUAUGCUGUCAAGUUUUAAUUAAAGCAAAGUUCUAAUUUUGCUACAUAUGAAUUAUGAUAAAACUCCUUUAUUUUCUUGAAUGAUUAUGUGCUACAAAAUUAUUUGGUUGUAUCAUGAACCAAGUCAGUUGAUUAUAAAAAAGAUAAUGUAAAUCAAAAUGAGAUUUUUUUUGUUGACAGCCAAAAUUUUUGUUUUUCAUAGGCAUAAACAACAGAUUCAGUGUCAUAUUUAAUUUAUAAACAUUACGUCUUAAAAACUUUUUUAUAAUGCUGAUAUUUAAUACAGAAAAAGGUUUCUCAAAUACUCCUCAAGCAUCAUAAUUACUUGUCAUUUACAGAAAAUAUUGUUUUACAUUAGGGUUUUUCAGAAUCAAUAUUUGUCACUCAUACAUUUAUAUUACGUGCUAAUUAUAUAUCAUGUGCAAUAUUUGGUCAUUUAGGCCUCAGUUUUAACAUGGUUUUCUAGUAGCAAUUUUAGCACCUAGAUGUAUGGUAUAUAUAUAUAUUUAUUUUCAAAAAGUGUUCGUAGUUUCAAAAAAUACAAUUAACUAUUGAUUAUAUUCAGAGUCUAAAUAUAUAUGUGUGUUAUUGUUACUAUGGAAGUUAAAAGGUGCUUUUUGUCAUUAACUUUUGAAAAUUAACCAGCUUUUUAAGUUUUAAGGUAGAUGGGUGUAUUUUUCUGAGCUUCCUUUCUGGAAAUGGUGCAAACUACUUUUUUGGUUUAACUAUAUUUCACCAAGCAUCAUUUAAUAUACAACAGAAACAUUUAAAACUUGUAAUUGUAAAAAUCUCAGUUUCAUGUUUCCCUAGUUAGGAUAUAUUCAAUUCAAGUUUCCAAAAUAGAAUCCAUUAAAGAUUACUUUGAUUUUCUUAAUUUAACUGUAUUAUACUUGAAAUAGAAGUCUUUUACCAAAGUUUAAGAAAAAUCUUUUGUUAAACAUACAGAGAACACAGAUACCUUAACACAAACUGUCUAAAAUAUUGCAAAAAUUGCGCAAUUUGAUGAACUUCUGUUAAUCUCAAAAAACUUUUGAUUUCUUAACUCAAGAUGCAUAAUUGAGGGAAAAUGAGAAGAAGUCUCAGAGUUUAGAUAUUUACAGAAAGUCUCUGAAUCUGAAUAUUUUUAUGGCAAAUAUAUACUGUUUAAUGGAGAAAUAAUAUAAUCAUUAUGGAUAUGUUAAUUAUUUUGCAAGUCUGUCUCAAACGUUGAUAUAGAGAAUUGCUUAAGAGGCUCAUAUUAUUCUUCAAAAGGUUGUUAUAGUUGAACCAGUUACAACUUGUGCACUAUAAGAAAUUAAAAGGAUAUUAUAUUAAAGCUUUAUAGUAUUGAAUUAUUUUAUGCAUUUAUAUAUUUAUAAAAAGAUAUGGCAAAUAAUUUGAUUGACUUUAAUGUCAAAUGUAUUGAUGUAUUACAAUAUAUAGUUUGUGAUGCUUUGCUUUCUGUUAAACAUAAUCUGGACUUCCAUAAUAAAGAGAAAGGUAUUCAGUUAUAAUAACAUAGUUAUUGUAAUAACUGGGAUUUUUUUUAUUUUUAAUAUUGAAAGUUAACAAUAUAAACUUUCAACUGACAAUUUAAAAAUUUCAAGUUAUAACAGCCAUGCAUUAUGUUCCAUUAAGUACAUUGUUAUAAUUUUACUUGUUGCUUAAACAUGUUCAUAUAAACAUCAAUUAUAGACACCUUGCUUAUUGCCAAAAUAUGGGCAUUUUGUUUUUGACAUGCUAAUAUCUAAAUACCUUGUUUAUACAGUUUUUACUUCAUGACAUUUGAGUGAGUAUUAAAAUUAUUUUUUUGGAGGGGGUAGGGGGAAUUAUUUUAGUUAGUUUUUAUUUGCAAAUAACAAUUUGAUGCCAAAUUAUCAAAAUUAUCAUAUUCCUAAAUUUAGAAAAAAGUAGACAGUAGAAUUUCUAUUCAUCCUAAUCUUCAAUUUUCUAUUUUGCAAAUGUCACUGUUCAUGUAAUUUUUUUUUUCAAAUAUUUAUUGAUUUUAAAAUGCUUUGCUAGAGAAAUGACAUGUGUUAUCAGCAAAGGUGAAGGUAAUUUUUUCAUAUUGAUUUUAUAUCAUUUUUUGGUAUGGUAAAUUUGUCUGAAUAUACUUUUCAUUGAUGUAAAAAAAAAAUAAUGGUAGUUUUAAGUUUGUAUGAUUUGGUAUUUGGGAUCAAAAAGUAACUUAUACAUUCCAUUAUACUGUUUGAAAUAAAUAAAAUAAUUAUAUAUGUUUAUUAAUAUUUGUAAUGUUUUCAUGCUUUAUAAAAAUUCCUAUGUUUUGGGUUUUUAUCUAGUCCUCAUUUGUCCUUAGUUUCAUGGAGAUAUUAUUCUUUAUUUCACAAUUUUGAAAUUAAUCAAAUGGGCAUUACCAAAAGUAUGGACAAACAGUAAUUGAUAUUUUAAAUAUUUUUAACAAUUAAAUUAAAAGAGGUACUUCAUUUAUAUAUAUACAUGUAUUUUAAUUGUAGUAUAUGUUGAUUGUAUCUUAUAUUACUACUAUCAUGCAACAAGGAAAACCUCGUAGCAUAAACAAGCAGAAUCUUUUAAAUUUUAUUAUGACAGG